AUGGCUAGUGACUUUGCAAUCACACGAUUUAAGCAUCUCAAAAAACUGCUUCUGGUCCAUGGACACUGGUGUUACUCUCGCCUGGCGAAGAUGGUGAUAUACUUUUUCUACAAGAACGUGAGCUACGUCAACCUGCUCUUCUGGUACCAGUUUUUCUGUGGGUUCUCUGGUGCCACCAUGAUAGAUUACUGGCAAAUGGUCUUCUUCAAUCUCAUCUUCACCUCGAUGCCCCCCAUUGUCUUUGGAAUCCUCGAUAAAGAUGUUUCUGCAGAAACACUCUUAGGUUUGCCGGAAUUGUACAAGAAUGGGAAAAAUUCAGAGAUAUACAAGCUGUCAACUUUCAUUUUUACAAUGUUGGAUGCCUUCUAUCAGAGCCUCAUUUGCUUCUUUGUCCCCUACUUGACCUACAAGGGCUCUGACAUAGAUGUGUUUUCCUUUGGGAACCCCAUCAACACCAUCUCCCUCCUCACUAUUCUCUUGCACCAGGCUCUAGACAUGAAAACAUGGACGGUGUUUCAUUGGGCCACGAUGAUUGGGAGCGUGCUGUGUUACUUUAUCUUCUCAGUGGUCUACGAUGGUCUCUGUGUGGUCUGCAACCCUCCCAACAGCCCUUACUGGAUUAUGGAGAAGCAGCUUUCGGACCCUACCUUCUAUUUACUGUGCCUCAUUACCCCAGUCAUUGCACUUUUGCCAAGGUACUUUCUUUUUGUUCUACGAGGAACUUUGGGAUCAUCACUGAUUCUGAAAGCUCAGCAGCUAGAUCAACUUCCUAAAGAGCAACAAGAUCUUGAAAUCCAAAAGUGGAGGUCAAGAAAACAAACUACUACUGAUGCAUCCAUAACAUCACCAGCAUGUAAUGACCUUGAUCAAACCGUCAACCACUUAUGUGUAUCACCAUUUUUGCAUACCGAAACAGCAGCUGUGUCUCAUGGGGACGUAAAUGGUCAGGGACUUUCCAAUACUGAAAGGAAUCCUCUCAGGAAAUGGACACCUGAAGAAGGCAGUUAUUUCUUUAAUAGAUGGGCAGAUGCUACAGAUUCCUCAGCAGGACCUUUUUCUGGCCGUUAUCCCCUUGUUCCCAAUAAGGUAGCAUCUCCUGGUCAAGAGGCUAGCAAAAUAACUAGAGAUAAUGCUAAAAAAUUUAACCACGGGAGCCAUCGGCGAUCUGUGAGUGCAGUGACACUCUGA